AUGUAUAUAUGGAUCGUAUUUAAAUCGCUAGUAUAUAUCCUACUUUUCUGGAAAAAAUUUGUUUUAACUGACCCCGAUGCGGGUCCGCCUGCCGAGUCCAAAAAACCCGUGGAUCUCAACAUAAAAUCGGCCACCAAGUCCACCGACAAGUUUGAAUAUAAAAAGGACGAGCAAUUUUCAACCUAUACCGCUAAGGAAGGUCACGGUUUUAAAAUCCUCAAGGAAGAUAAUACCACUAUAUGGGAGGCCAGUGACGAUGCCAGCUUCUCCGCCAAGGUGGAAGUGGAAACUAUGGGUGACGGCAGAGCUGCCACUGUUUACCUAGAUGAAAACAGCUCAAGGAUUUUCAUCAGAAGUGGCACCGGCAAGCCUUGGACUGAAAUUGACAAAUCGAAAGUAACUCCUAAGUCAAUUAACGUCGAUUAUCCCACCAAUAGCCAUUUCUACACCAACACACUUGACAAUGGCGUCAGAACAUUUAUAGCCCGGGAGGGCUUCGCCUUCAACGCUGCCAACAAAUAUGUCAACAACAACAAGAUCGAGCUUUGGAAAACUGAUGAUGAGAGCCAGUUCUCGACCAAGGUCGUUAACGACGGCAACAAAGUAACAAUCCAUUUACCCGACGGCACUGAAAAGGUGGUUGAGAAGGGAUCUGACGGCAAAUGGCCAGGCGAGGGUUCUGGCGAUAGUCAGUCAGCCAAAAAAGCUGAUCCAGCGCCCAGUUCCUCAGCUCCGCCCAAGAAGAAAAACGGUAUCGAUAUCAACCUUAAGUCCGACACUAAGUCUGGCAGAAAGUUUAACUUCGAAAAGGACGGCAAAAUCAUUACCUAUACUCCCAAGGACAACAACGCCUUCAAAAUGGUUAAGGACGACAAGGCUGAGAUUUGGAGGGCUGGCGACUUCAGCAAUUAUGCUGAAAAGCUCGAAGUCGACACCAUGAACGACGACGCCAAGGCUAUUUCCAUUCACAUGAGUGGCGAUAAGAAGCGCGUCUUCAUGAAGGACUCCAAGAGCCAACCCUGGAAAGAAAUUGACAUCACCAAGGUCAACGCCAAGUCUGUCAACAUCAACUACGAGCACACCUGCUACUUCUACUCCAACAAGCUCGAAAACGGUGUUAGAACGUUUACAGCUAAAUCUGGAUUUAUGUUCAACCACGUCAGGUGCCUUUUCAACAACGAGUGGGUUGACAUUUGGAAAACCGACGAUGAGAGCCAGUAUUGCCUAAAGGUCGUUGCUGAGUCCGAUAAGGUAACCAUCUUCAAAGGUCUUGACGACGUUUCAAAGGUCUUUAACAAGGUGGCUGACGACAAGUGGGAAGAGGCCGCCCUUCCUGCUAGUGCCUCCGCUGCAGAUCCCUCUGGAGCCUCCACCAUAAUUUUCGACUCUGACGACGAGAACGACAUCGUCAUCUCCGAACUGACUCAACCCAAGCCUGUUUCCACUCCUAGCCAAGCACCCAAGCCUAUUCACACUACUACCCUACCACCCCAGCCUCAGCAACAAGCUCCGAAGUCCAGGGAUCAGCGCAGAACCCUACCUCCAGGCGAACAGCCUCAGGAAAUCACCAUUUUGAUCGAGGGCACCACUCCCAACGACACCUCCAGGUACACCGUCAAGGAGGGCGACAACCUAGGCGACGUCGAGUACAUUAUUAAGAAGGGGAGCGUCUGCAACGAGGUUAAGGUCGAAGGAUCGACUGUUUGGAAGUCAGGGGACGAUCAAAUUCCCCAGGCUUUCCUCGUCAGUUACAACCGUGCUGGAGGCCAGUUGUCAAUUACCGGCCUGAACCGACUCGCCUCCUAUCGCAAGCAAGAUAACGGCUCCUGGACCAGAACCUCCGCUUCCGAUCUCACUGCUCCACUGCAGAUCGAUUCACUCAGUUCCGAAGACGAGAGGGGCGAUAUAGCGCAACCCACGCCCUCUGACUCACAGGAUUCUGGCGUUGGCAUGGCUCAACUCGUUCCCCAUCUCACUCCGAGAAGACAGCCUCCUCAGCUUAGCACUGUUACCAAAACUGCUUUGCACAUCCUCCUCUGUAGUAGUCUGUCUGCUGAAAACAUCAUCGCCGAUUUAGACCGUGGCCUCCACGUUUCCGACUUCAAGUUCAUCCACAUGGCCAUGUGGAAGCCCUUCUACGGAACCGUGGACGUCAACGUGCCCUUGCUGUCCAGGCCUCUAUUUGCCCUUGUCAACACUGACGACGGCUGGGCCUCCCAGUACAUCGGCAAGAUCGAGGACGACUUCUGCUUCCCGAGACUAUCGCAUCAACCACUGACGACUGUGUUGUUAACACCUUAUCGCAUCACUAACCAGACUUCAAUAUCCUACAUUUUAUUUUAUUUGCCAUUCAACUUACUCCAUUUGUGCAAACAGUUUUAUCCUCGUAGUCUCAAUGUUUCCAUUAUCCCAGGCAUCCCUCUCAUCAGUAACAAAACAGUGAUUUAG